AUGCCUCCCACCACACACGCUCUCUCCCUCUCACCACGCACAGCACCCACAGGGGCGGACAAGGAAGCUCAAGAGGCAGCCGCACUGGCAGAGCUGCAAGUGCUGCUGCCUGGAGUGGACACGUGUGUGCACCUCAUUGGCCCUAGCAUACCUGCACACAUGGAUGGCAAACGAAUUUCUCUUCAGCAUCCUCCAGUCUUUGAGUCCUGUGAGCCACAACCUGCUGAACCACAACCUGCCGAACCACAACCUGCCGAACCACAACCUGCCGAACCACAACCUGCCAAACCACAACCUGCCGUGCCACAACCUUCGGAGCCACAACCUGUCAAUCCACAACCUGCUGAACCACAACCUUCCGAGCCACAACUCGCCAAAUCACAAAGUACCGAGCCACAACCUGCGGAGCCACAACCUUCCGAACUACAACCUGCCAAACUGCAACUGUCCGAACCACAAUUCGCCGAGCCACAACCCCCGGAAGCAGCAGGCGUGGCAGCAGGCGGUUCAGCAGGCGGUGCAGCAGGCGGUGCAGCAGGCGUGGCAGCAGCAGGAGCAGCAGCAGCAGCAGGCGUGGCAGUGCACUUCCACCGAGGCCUCUACCACCACGUGCUGCCCUCCCUUGCCUGCUCGCCUCUCGCCACCACUCCCUCCGCUGCGCUCGCCACUCCCCCAACAACUACUCUCGUCACCCCUCCCACCACCACUGUAGUGUGCCUCCGCACCUCACUGCACCACUCGCAGCACCCAUCCCCUCUUCAUCACAGCGACCAGCCCCAACAGCCUUCCCAUUUCCACCAGUCAUCUCAUCCGCAGCACCCGUCCUGCCACCCGUCCUGCCACCCGUCCUGCCACCCGUCCUGCCACCCGUCCUGCCACCCUCAGCACCACCCGUCUCCUCUCCCUCACAGCGACCAGCCUCACCAGCCCUCCCAGCCCCAGCAGCCGUCCCAUCCACAGCACCAGUCGUCCCAUCCGCAGCACUCGUCCUGCCACUGCCCCGCGCUGCUCUUCCUUCCCAACGCGGGCCUGCCCGCCUUCCUCUCCUGGCGAGAUACGCUGGUCCUUAUACUGCAGCUCGGAAUACCAGCACUCAUCACGGACUACAGCCACGAGGCAGCAGAGAGGGCUCGGGAGGCACUCUGCUCGCUGGCUGCUGAGGUGCAACGCGGCGGCGCAGAAAGGGCUGUGCGAGGGAGUGGCAAGGAAGGGGCUGCAGCGGCCGCAGUGCUGCACCCUAUCAUCACUGAGGUGGGGCGGACAUCAAGGGGAAGCGUUGAAUAUAGCUUUGAAUGGGGAGGGAAUGGCAAGGGGUGUGUCACAGCUUUGGGAAGGGAAGUUUGCCAAUUUGUGGUUCAUGUUCUCAGUCCCUCACCACACCUCCCGCCCUUCACCACUCCUCACAUCACACUGCCCCUCCGGGCCCUGAUCUUCUCUCACAGCCCUUCUUAUCGUCCCUCACUGCACCUCACUGCUCUCGCCACCCCUCCCAAUCUUCCCGAUCCUCCCCAUUCCCCUCCACUCGUCUUACCUCCUGGCAGGUGCGGGUGA